UCCCUCUCCCUACCCCCACCGAAUUCUAGUGCCUAUUUCUGUACAAAGCCAAAUGCACUUACCAUUUGCCCUUUGUGCUUUAAAAUUUUGGCGCUUUCUGUCCUUUUUUCAACUCCAUGUCCCAUGAAGUAAAGUUAAUGCAAGAAUAAAAGGAAAGUAGGCACCAGGAUAUCUAGUACUACACAAUAUUCCUGACUUGAAGAUCCAAGACAGAUACUCUCCCUCCCAUUGCAACAAAUGGAAUAUGAAUGUAGCCCUCUUGGCUGGGAAUUCUACCACCAGGAAGAGGGGCUAGAGGACUUGAGACAUUCUCUUCUGUACACAACCUUGGAGCUAGAUGCAACAAUUGCAUCAGCCAAGGAGGAGAUUACCAGAAGAGAAUGUGAGUUGAUCCGUGUGAAUGAUCUCUUAAGCAGGGUGAUGAAGGAGAGAGAUGAGGCUGAAGCAAAAUGCCAGAAGCUAAUGCUUGAAAAGCUAGAGCUCCAGAAAGAACUCCAGCGGCAGGACCAACAACUAGUUCAAAGACAGCAAAGAGACAGCAUAUCAGAGAGUGAAGAAGAGGUGCAAGAAGUGCUCUCUGAGAAGCAUUCUGCUUCCUCUGACUGUGAAGAAAACAGCAUGAGCAUGCCCUCUUGUGGUGGAAGUCUUAUUUAA